AUGAGUACUGAAGCUCGCAAAAGGGGACCCACUGCGCGACCUACUAUAGUGGUAGAACCCCAGCUUAAACUACCAUGGUGUCUAUGUGUUUGCAUCCCUGGCAAUUCCAUAGUAGUAGAGCCCGCAGAGGCGAGUGCUAGGGAGGAGGAAGAGGAGGGGGAAAGAGGGGGAGGGAUAGGCGUACUGGAUGUGGUGAAGGCGGUUGCUCCUCUGCUGAUCAUCAUUGGACUAGCUCUUGGGAUGCUGGUCCUGGGCUAUAUAUUUGUUCCCGAGACCCUCACUACUCCAAAUUUUCAGCGGUCUUCCUCGCUUUCAUCUGCUCCUACACCAUCUCCACCAUCAGCUGCGGAGAAAAAAUGCAAGGUGAUCAGUGGAGCAAAGCCUCUGAUAACUGCUCUAAAGGACCUUUCUCGUUGGAAGGAGCUCGGUUUGGCACUGGGCGUCCCGUCGGAGGAACUGGGAGCCUUCGAGAAGGAUAACGAGGAGGCGGAGCUGAAGAAACGAGGGAUGCUGCGGACGUGGUACAGUCGUGAGAGUGGUGCCUGUUGGGACAAGCUGGUGGAGGCUCUGGUGGGGCUGGGGGAGAGCUCUUUGGCUCAGGAGAUUGCCCGUGCCAAUGGGCUCAGCAGUGACUCUGUUUAGAAAAGGAAAUUCUAUUCUAUUGGGUGUUUGGUUAUUUUACCUCAUAUCUAUUUUAUAUGGCCAAUAAUAAUAAAAUUAU